AUGCCUUCUAUCCUCAGUGAUGCCGACAAGGAGACUGUCAAGCGGAAUGUCCCUAAACCUGCCAACAAGAUCCUUGCCGUAGCUGUCGCGCGACUCUACGUUGCCUACCCCGAUGGGCAGAAAUGGACAUAUACUGGAAUCCAGGGCGCUGCGGUUCUCUGCAAUGAUCUUGUAGGAAGGACCUUUUGGCUCAAAAUUGUCGAUGUCUCGCCUGCUGGCAGGGGCGUAAUUUGGGAUCAGGAGAUCUAUGACAACUUUGCAUACAACCAGGAUCGAACCUUUUUCCACACAUUCGAGCUUGAAGACUGCCCCGCCGGUCUAUCCUUUGUCGACGAGAAGGAGGCCAAGACUUUCAUGAAGAAGAUGCAAGAGCGCGAGAAACAUGCAAGCAAAGAGACCACCAAGACUCCUUUCGCUUCUACUCGAGGCCAGGGACCUGCUCCUGUUGCCAAUGGAAAACCAGGCCGAUCGUUGUUUGGCAGCUUGUUGCACCGUUCGAGCCCAGCUCCAAGUGCACCGGCGCCAAUAGCACCUGCGCCUUCAAUACAGGUUGCGCCUCCACCUCCGAUGAUGGCCCCAGCCGCACCUCCAGCUAAACAAGAUCUACCAUUUGAUACAAGUGACCCGUCUUGGAAACCAUUGCUGGAUGAGCUCAAGGGGAUGGGAAUCACCGAAGACCAAAUCGCCGAGAAUUCCGAAUUCAUUAAAGCUUGGAUUGACCAGAAGCAGGCGGCAGCAGCUGAGUCUGCUGAAGAUCAAGCCAAGCCAAAGGCUGCACCACCUCCGCCGCCAUCUGCACCUCCUACUCCGAAAUUGGCCUCGAUCAGUCCUCAGGACACAGGGUCCAGCUCGACAAGCAAACGAGGCCCGCCGCCCCCGCCUCCGUCACGGAAAACACGCUCUGAAGCACCAGAAGAAUCAAUUCCCGCCCCUCCCCGUGAACCAACUCCACCUGUUCGAAGAUUCAAUGCGCCGCCUCCACUUGCAGAUGCUGGCAAAUUUGCUGAGCCCGUCGGCCCUGUGCCUCCACGCCGCCCACGCGCAAUUUCGAGCGCGAAUCCCGGGCCCCCGCCGCCCCCGCGACCGCCGAAAACACCGAUGGACGAUAAUCACUAUAGCCAGCCAAGUGGAUCUCGAUUUGGGGUACCGCCGCCUUUCUCUGGUGAUCGGAAAGUGUCCGCACCACCGGCACCCCCCAGCCGUAGCCCUAUACCGGGCGGGCCUCCCCCUCCGCCGCCUCGCACAGCAAGCCCAGCAGCACCACCCCAAUUGCCCCCUAAGCUUCCGCCCAUGACCGCACCAUCUGGACCUCCUCCUCCACCUGCCAGAGGCCCCGGUUCACUCCCACUUCCACCCCCGCCAGCACCUCGCCCGGUGCCAGCUGCACCGUCUUCUCUUGCAGCUGUUCCUCCACCACCUCGACCGGUGCCAGCUGCACCAUCUUCCCCUGCAGCUGUUCCUCCACCACCUCGACCGGUGCCAGCCGCACCAUCUUCCCCUGCAGCUGCUCCUCCGCCACCACCUAGAGGACCUAUCUCGCCUCCCCCUGUCCCGCCUACACCUUCUCCAGGCCUGCCUCCCCCUCCCCCCGCCUCCGCCACCUGCAUCUGCUGCACCUGGUGGCCUUCCGCCCCCUCCUCCACCUCCCGGGCGUGGUGGCCCCUCAAUGCCUCCACCUCCCCCUCCUCCAGCGCCUGGUUUUGGAGCACCUGGAGGACCGCCGCCGCCGCCUCCACCCCCUGGAGGUGGUGCUCCUCCCCCGCCUCCGCCCCCUGGAGUCUACUGGCCUCUAUCCGAGCCUCUGGUGGCUCUGGAGGUGGAGGCUUGCGCAAGGUUAAGGACACCGACAAGAAAGAUCGGAGUGCAGCUCUGGUACCUGGCGGAGCCAACGAGACCUCAGCUGCCCCAUCUGGCUCAGGAGGUGCUCCGCAAGGUGGAUUGGCUGGCGCAUUGCAAGAUGCUCUUAACAAGCGAAAACAGAGGGUCAGCGGAAGUGAUGACGAGAAAGACAACGACGACGAUUGGUGA